AUGGCUAAAACAGAGAGGAUAGGAGACGGUAUUUACAGACAAAAUGGCUAUACUAAUGAGGCCUUCCAGCUGGAUGGUUUCGACUCUUCGAAAACGGAUUCUCACGAAAAUAUUCCACUCGACUACGCGACAGUGACGCAGCUCGAUAAACAGCAGAAGCAGCCUAAAAGUUCAACGAUUACUAAAGAAGCGGAAUGGGAAGGUGGGCUGGAAUUUCUGAUGGCCUGUAUAGCCACUUCCGUCGGACUGGGAAACGUGUGGAGAUUUCCGUUUACCGCGUACGAGAAUGGCGGUGGUGCCUUCUUAAUACCUUACAUUAUAGUCCUGAUCCUGGUCGGGAAACCGUUUUAUCUCCUAGAGGGACUCUUGGGACAGUUCACCAGUAGAUCUUGUGCCAAAACGUGGUACAUGACACCGGCUAUGAAGGGAUUGGGAUACUCGCAGGCUUUUGGUGCGUUCUACGUCGUUUCGUACUACUGCGCCUUGAUGGCAUUGACCUUGCACUAUUUGGUAUCGAGCAUUCAAUCUGAGUUACCGUGGUCGUUCUGUCGUCCAGAAUGGGAAGAUUAUUGCAUCGACGGUUCUACGUUCAAAAAUGUCUCCGAAGAUCGUGUCGCUAUCAUUCAAAGUUCUGCGGAACUGUAUUUCAGGAAGAUAGUGUUACAGGAAUACGCAUCCAUUGAGGGCGGUAUCGGUGUACCAUCCUGGCAACUGUCGAUAUGUUUAUUUCUUAGUUGGGCCUGCGUCUUUGGAGUGCUAUUCCGCGGUGUGAAGAGCACGGGCAAAGCCGCUUAUUUCCUUGCAUUAUUUCCUUACAUCGUGAUGACAGCUCUGCUGAUCAGAGCCGUCACUCUUGAGGGUGCCGUCGAUGGCAUCCUCUUUUUUGUAACCCCGAAAUGGGACGCCCUAUGGAAGCCCACUGUCUGGUACGCCGCUAUCACACAAUGUUUCUUCUCUUUGUCAGUCUGCUUCGGUCCGAUCAUCAACUAUUCAUCUUAUAACAAUUUUGAACACAGGGUGGACAGGGACGUGAUGAUAGUGACCACGCUAGACACAUUCACCAGUCUGAUAGCUGGUUGUACGAUUUUCGGUAUACUCGGUAAUCUGGCCCACGAAAUGAAUACGAAGGAUAUCGACAAGGUAGUCCGCGGCGGGAUUGGUUUGGCUUUCAUCUCUUAUCCGGACGCGUUGUCGCGCUUCACCUUUGUGCCACAACUGUUCUCCAUCCUGUUCUUCGUCAUGAUGUUCGUUCUUGGCACUGGAAGCUCUGCGGCGUUGUGCGGCGCGGUAUUCAGCAUUUUCCGCGAUCAUCUACCCAAUAUGAGGCAAUGGUUGUUGGUGCUCUGCGUUACCUGCUUCGGCUUCGUCGUCAGCCUCAUCUAUAUCACUCCGGGUGGUCAAUGGUUCAUAACGUUAAUCGAUUAUUACGGCGGUACUUUCGUGGCAAUAAUUGUUGGCGUUCUCGAGAUAGUGACCAUCUUCUGGACAUACGGUCUUUUAAAUUUCGUCAACGACAUGGAAUUUAUGCUAGGCAACAGGCUAGGUGUCUACUGGCGAAUUUGUUGGCUCGUAAUCACGCCUGUGCUUAUGAUCAUCAUAUUGAUUUACACGUGCGCCACUUAUGAGCCACCUACCUAUAAUGGCGAACGGUUUCCAGAUUAUGCCUACGGAAUAGGAUGGUUUGUGUUAGUUAUAGGUAUUUCUCCCAUUGUGUGGUGGAUUGGCCAAAAAAUAAUCACAAAUAGAACAUCGUCUUUCACCGAAAAUUAUGUUGCCAACGCCGGAGAAAUUCCCGGUUUAUUCACGCUAUCCAUCCCAUCGUCAUCCGGCGGAAAUGAAUUCAAAAGCAGAAUUUCGUUGUCGAUCAAAAUGGACGAGGAGACGAGGGCGCAAUGGGGAAAUGGGUUGGAAUUUCUCAUGUCCUGCGUGGCGUUUUCGGUCGGACUUGGGAACGUUUGGCGAUUUCCAUACACGGCCUACGAGAACGGCGGCGGAGCCUUCCUUAUCCCCUACAUAGUGGUGCUCUUCAUAAUAGGCAAGCCUUUCUAUUACAUGGAGAUGAUUCUCGGGCAGUUUACCAGUAGAUCCUGUGUGCAAAUUUGGUCGGUGUUACCUGCGUUUCAAGGCAUUGGCUACGGCGUAGUGGUAUCGGUAUUCUCUGUGAUUACCUAUUAUUGUGCUCUUAUGGCAUUGACGCUCUACUACAUGAUAGCCAGCUGUCAGUCGGUGCUUCCGUGGUCUUAUUGUUGGGAGGAAUGGGGCGACACCUGUUUCAAUAGCUCAUCGACCGGCGAGCAAGCGAAAAACGGAAGCAGAAGUUCCGCUGAUUUCUAUUUUAGAAAAUACGUCCUUAAUGAAAUGGGGAUCGAAAACGGGCUCGGGCUACCCUCAUGGAAAUUAGUCCUCACAUUGCUAGUCAGUUGGAUAUUCGUCUACGUAGUGGUCUGCAAAGGCGUGAAGAGUACUGGUAAAGCAGCCUAUUUCCUAGCCCUUUUUCCAUACGUCAUUAUGAUCAGCCUUUUAGUGAGAGCGGUUACCUUGGAUGGAGCGGUGGACGGUAUCAUCUUCCUCUUCAAGCCCACAUGGCACAAGAUCCUAGAACCGGCGGUUUGGUACGCCGCCGUCACACAAUCAUUCUUCUCCCUUGGCGUGUGCUUCGGUGCGGUGACCAUGUAUUCCUCCUACAAUAAUUUCGAACAUAAUGUUGCAAGGGAUUGCACAAUUGUGACAAGUCUGGAUCUUUGCACGAGUUUAAUGGCGGGUGCGACUAUCUUCGGAAUUUUGGGCAAUCUUGCCCAUGAAAUCGGCAGCGAUGAUAUUAGCAGCAUCGUACGUGCGGGGACAGGCCUGGCCUUCGUAUCUUAUCCAGAUGCCUUGGCAAAAUACGUAGUGAUACCACAAUUUUUCGCCGUACUCUUUUUUCUGAUGCUCUUUGUGUUGGGCAUAGGAACUACCGUUGCCUUCUGCAACGUAAUCAUCAGCAUCAUCAAGGACCAACUUCCACAUCUUAAUCAGUGGAAGAUCGCUGCUGGUGUUGCGAUCCUUGGUUUCUCGAUCGGCAUUGUUUAUUGCACGCCCGGCGGCCAGCACAUUCUUAACUUGGUAGAUUACUUCGGUGGGACAUUCAUUAUCGUGUUUUUAGCUUUCUUCGAAAUGAUCGCUAUUUCUUGGGUAUAUGGCGUUGAUAAUUUCAUGGACGAUGUCGAGUUCAUGGUAGGACGACGGCCAUUCUUUUACUGGAGAUUCUGUUGGUGUUAUUUAACUCCCUUGUUCCUAUUUACCAUCUUGAUUUAUUUUCUGAUUGAUAUAAAACCGCUUACUUAUAACGACGAAUAUUAUCCAAUCUCCGCAUACGCUGCUGGUUGGACGCUUUUGGCUUUAGGAAUUCUUCCGUUUCCUUUAGGCAUAAUCAUUGUUGGAUUUCGGAAUAAAGACAAGACGUACACGAAUAUAUUCAAGCCGAGCGCCGAUUGGGGUCCAAAAGACCUAAAGAAAUACAAUGAAUGGAGGGAUUUUAAACACUCGAAGAGAAUAUCGCGAGCGUGCACAAAGAAAUCGAAAAUUAUAGCAGCGCUAUUUGGCAAAGAUUAAUAAUUACUAAAAUACAUAAUAUAAAAAUUAUAUAAUUAUUAUGUUUGCUGAUUAUUCGGAUUAUUUAUGUGGCGAUCAUCGCAUAGCGAUCAGUAAAAGGGUAAUAAUAUUGGCAGCUCUUUGUCACAUAUCAUAUUACACAUAGUGCAACAUUACGUAACGACUUAUGGGAACUAGUAAGAACUAAAGCACAAAAUAUAAAUCCUUUAACUGCUAUUAAAUAAGUACACAAUAUAUAUGCAGAUUGAUAAUAUCUCAUAAAACAA